CCUUGGGAAAGCAGCCUGGGAGGUUUGCAUGGAGUUUGCAGCCUCAGCCUCUCUUCCCCUGCAGAGGAGCAGGACAGUCCUUGCCUCAAGAGAGAAACCAGAAGCAAAGCAAGGAGACCUUUUGAGUCCUGGUAGGAGCAGAAAUGAAGAAGAGAGUAAAGAUGGAAGAGCAGAACUUUGCUGGCCCUGAAGCAGGAAACGUCUCCUUCAACAUCCAGGGAGGGAGUAGUGCAGAGCCCUGGGAAAGAAGAGUGCAGGAGAACCAGCCUGGGAGCAACACCAGCUCAGAUGUGGAGCGACAGCGCUUCAGGGCCUUCUGCUACCAGGACACUGAAGGGCCCCGAAAGGUUUGCAGCCGACUCCACCACCUUUGCCGUCAGUGGCUGAAGCCAGAAAGGUGUACAAAAGUUGAGAUGCUGGACCUGGUGGUCCUGGAGCAGUUCCUGGCUGUCCUACCCCCGGAGAUGGAGAGCUGGGUCAGAGAAUGUGGAGCUAAGAACAGUUCCCAGGCGGUGGCCCUGGCAGAAGGCUUCCUCUUGAGCCAGGCAGAGGACCAAGAGCAGCUGCAGGGGAAGUUGGCCAAGAUGUUCACAGAUUUCCCUGAGGCAAAGAAGGCUCCGCUUGACAGAGGGACCUUGGAAGAGGGUGACUUAAGACCCUCCUCACUGGGGAGCAGAAAGACCCACAGAGAGAGUGAAUUGAUCCUGGGAGAUCCUUCUAGGCCUCCUUCACUUGGUGGUGGAGUGGAAGCGGUUUCUGCGCAGCCUGGGCAGGGUCUGGUGACCUUUGAGGAGGUGGCCGUGCAUUUCUCGGCGGAGGAGUGGGCUCUGCUGGAUCCAGGCCAGAGGACUCUGCACAAGGAAGUCAUGGAGGAGAAUCAUGGGAUCCUGUCCUCUCUGGGUGAUUUCAGGGAGAGCAACUCACAAGUUAAGCGAUAUCAAAUAAUUUAUACAGGGGAGAAGCCCUAUGAAUGCCUAGAGUGCGGAAAGAGCGUCAGUCACAGCAGCAACCCUAAUCAACAUCAAAUAAUUCACACAGGGGAGAAGGCCUAUGAAUGCCUGGAGUGCGGAAUGAGCUUCAGUCAGAGCAGUGACCUUAAUCAACAUCAAAGAAUUCACACAGGGGAGAAGGCCUAUGAAUGCCUGGAGUGCGGAAUGAGAUUCAGUCAGAGCUGCGACCUUAAGUAUCAUCAAAGAAUUCACACAGAGGAGAAGCCCUAUGAAUGCCUGGAUUGUCGAAAGAGGUUCAAGCAGAGCAGUGAACUUAAUCAACAUCAAAGAAUUCACACAGGGGAGAAACCCUAUGAAUGCCUGGAGUGUGGAAAGAGAUUCAGUCAGAGCUGCGACCUUAAUAAACAUCAAAGAAUUCAUACAGGGGAGAAGCCCUAUGAAUGCCUGGAGUGCGGAAAGAGGUUCAGUCGGAGACACAACCUUAAGUAUCAUCAAAGCAUUCACACAGGGGAGAAGCCCUAUGAAUGCCUGGAGUGCGGAAAGAAAUUCAGUCUCACCAGCACCCUUAAUCAACAUCAAAAAAAUCACACAGGGGAGAAGCCCUAUGAAUGCCUGGAGUGCGGAAAGAGAUUCGUUCUGAGCAGCCAACUUAAUCAACAUCAAAGAAAUCAUACAGGGGAGAAGCCCUAUGAAUGCCCAAAGUGCGGAAAGAGAUUCAGUCGGCUCGGCAACCUUAAUCAACAUCAAAUAAUUCAUACAGGGGAGAAGCCCUAUGAAUGCCAAGAUUGCGGAAAGAGGUUCAGUCUGAGUAGUCAUCUUAAGUCGCAUCAACUAAUUCACACGGGCGAGAAGCCCUAUGAAUGCCGGGAGUGUGGAAAGAGCUUCAAUCACAGCAGCAACCUUAAUCAUCAUCAACUAAUUCACACGGGCGAAAAGCCCUAUGAAUGCCUGGAGUGCGGAAAGAGAUUCAAUCACAGCGGCAGCCUUAAUAUACAUCAAAGUAUUCACACAGGGGAGAAGCCCUAUGAAUGUCUGGAGUGCGGAAAGAGCUUCAGUCACAGCAGCAACCUUAAUAAACAUCAAAGCACUCACACAGGGGAGAAGGCCUAUGAAUGCCUGGAGUGCGGAAUGAGCUUCAGUCAGAGCAGUGACCUUAAUCAACAUCAAAGAAUUCACACAGGGGAGAAGGCCUAUGAAUGCCUGGAGUGCGGAAUGAGCUUCAGUCAGAGCACUGACCUUAAUCAACAUCAAAGAAUUCACACAGGGGAGAAGCCCUAUGAAUGCCUGGAGUGCGGAAAGAGAUUCAUUGGGAACAACGACCUUAAUAAACAUCGAAGAAUUCACACAGGGGAGAAGCCCUAUGAAUGCCUGGAGUGCGGAAAGAGGUUCAGUCGGAGACACUACCUUAAGUAUCAUCGAAGAAUUCACACAGGGGAGAAGCCCUAUGAAUGCCUGGAGUGUCGAAAGAGGUUCAAGCAGAGCAGUGAACUUAAUCAACAUCAAAGAAUUCACACAGGGGAGAAACCCUAUGAAUGCCUGGAGUGUGGAAAGAGAUUCAGUCAGAGCUGCGACCUUAAUCAACAUCAAAGAAUUCACACAGGGGAGAAGCCCUAUGAAUGCCUGGAGUGCGGAAAGAGGUUCAGUCGGAGACACAACCUUAAGUAUCAUCAAAGCAUUCACACAGGGGAGAAGCCCUAUGAAUGCCUGGAGUGCGGAAAGAAAUUCAGUCUCACCAGCACCCUUAAUCAACAUCAAAGAAUUCACACAGGGGAGAAGCCCUAUGAAUGCCUGGAGUGUGGAAAGAGAUUCAGUCAGAGCAGCCAACUUAAUCAACAUCAAAGAAAUCAUACAGGGGAGAAGCCCUAUGAAUGCCCGAAGUGUGGAAAGAGAUUCAGUCGGCUCGGCAACCUUAAUCAACAUCAAAUAAUUCAUACAGGGGAGAAGCCCUAUGAAUGCCUGGAGUGUGGAAAGAGGUUCGGUCAGAGCAAUGACCUUAAUCAACAUCAAAGAAUUCACACAGGGGAGAAGCCCUAUGAAUGCCUGGAGUGUGGAAAGAGGUUCAGUCACAGCGGCAGUCGUAAUAAACAUCAAAGAAUCCACACAGGGGAGAAGCCCUAUGAAUGCCUGGAGUGUGGAAAGAGGUUCAGUCAGAGCGGUCAUCUUAAGACGCAUCGAAUAAUUCACAUGGGCGAGAAGCCCUAUGAAACCUGAAUUCUUAACUAAAAAGCCUUAACCAGCAGGGUUUUAGGUGUCUUGUGAACAGGCCCAAAAAGUGUCUUGCCGUUUUCGAUGCAUAAAUGUGGUCCUCAUUGAAUUGUAGCAUCUGAAACAGGCAUAAGUGAUCCACUCUGGGGGGCGCGGGAAACAGACCUCGGAAUCCACACAGAAAAAGAAAUGUGGAGUGCUUUGCAGGAUAAGUAUCCGCUUAAAACAAUCUCAAUUUAAAAUAGGGAGGUAAUGGUAAAACUGACCCACAGAUGGUAACUCACACCAAGGAAAUGAUCAGUGGUGAGUUCUGGGGCAUCCCCUGAGUGUUAGGAGGUGACCUUCAUGCAUUUACUCCUUUUAAAUUGUAGGUUUUAACUUGAUUAAGGUUUUAAUUUGUUUUUAGCUGUGUAUAUUGUUUUAUGUUUUUGGAUUUUAUCUGUACGCUGCCCUGAGAUCAAAGUGAUGGAGGGCGGGAUACAGAUGUUUUAAAUAAAUAAAUAAAUUUGUUGUGGGCAUGCCCUAAGGUAAAUCGAUUUAGGAAAUCCAUGUUUUAAGAGAUUAGCCUGGUUAAGUAUAUAUUUUAUUUAUUUAUUUAUGGCAUUUGUAUUCCUCCCCAUAGCUGAAGCUCUCUAGGCAGUUCACAUAAGAUAGUAAAACACUGGAAGAAUGAGGAAAGCCUUUAUACUGAAAGGUGGUAUCUGAGAGUGUAGCGGAGCGCACUCCUUAAGGAAUUGAUGCAAAAUUUAAGGAUAGCCCAAGGACAAUCACAGACAAGUUUGAAGGAGCACGGAUGAAAUGUAUUGAAUUUGUCAAUAAUGGGCCUGUUCAGACAACACGCUAAGCCAUGGUUAUCCCUUUUGCAGCAAAUGGUUAGUCAGCGUGUUUAAACCGUGGUUAUUCAGCCCACGUAAUGGGUCACACGACCUGCUAAGUCUUGAUUCACGCAAUACGCAAUGCCAUAAUUUUUAGCUCAAAGUGCUUAACCGCUGAACAGGGUUACCGUAGAUCAUGGGCGCAGGCCUCCGUCGGCAUAUACCGGUCUCUGGAGAGCCUAGAUCAAAGGAAACGAGGCUCUCUUUCAACAUGUCUGAAUUGAAAUUUGGGGUGUCAAUUGGCGAGCGAAGAAUUGGGAAUUGUAAGUAAUGAAUUAAGGUGUAUUAAAGAAGUACAUGAUCAAUUAAUAUUUUAAUACCGAGCAGGAAUUGAACUGUUAGUAGAUUUAGAUAUUGUUUGAUCUAUGCAACCAAAAAAUAAAAAAUCCAAAAAUCCGGAAAGGGUUUCAGUUGAAGUGUGGGCCUUAAAAAACAUCACAGGAUGCACACUGGCGAGAAGCCCUAUCAAUGCUCAGAGUGGGGGGAAAGCUUCAGUCAAUGCAAUACAUCUGAAAAACCUAAAAUGCGGAAAGGGGUUUCAGUAAGGGAGGAUGUGGCGUUAUAGGCCUGUGAGCCAAUUUCCCUGCUUUUGGGAGUUUGGUUGAAAACUGUAGAGCCUUUAACGUUGUUUUGUAAACAGUAGGUUUUUUGUUUAUUGAAUUCAGAUAUUGUUUGAUCUAUGUAACCAAAAAAUAAAAAGAGAAAAAAUGUGGAAAGGGUUUCAGUUGAAGUAUGAACCUUAAAAAAACAUCACAGGAUGCACACUGGCGAGAAGCCCUAUCAAUGCUCAGAGUGGGGGGAAAGCUUCAGUCAACGCAAUACAUCUGAAAAACCAAAAAUGCGGAAAGGGUUUCAGUAAGGGAGGAUCUCCUGAAAGUUUCCUUCCCCCAUGAAAGAGGCUUUCAUUUUUCUGCCUCAUUCUCUGGGCAGCUCAUGAUCCAUUAAAUAGGGUGACCAUACGGUAAAAUCUUUCAGUACAGCAGAGCAAUUCGUUUUAAAAGAGUCGGUUCCAGAAGAAUGAAUACAUUUAUAGUACAAUAUUUGACCCAUCAAACCUUAAUGAUCCAUUGAAAAUUCAAAUUAGCAUCAAGUGCUCAAAAUGUGGCAGAAAAGUUCCUGGACCCAGCACCUUCCAAAACUGUUUGAGUAAUCCUGGCUUCGGCCUUUGCCUGGGCAUCUGGGAGGAAUAAAUUUUGCCUUUCAAUGUGAGUCCCCAGUGCUGUGAGGAUCGUUCCAUGAUUACAGCUACCUUUUUCUUCAAACCCAGGUGAGGCAGUGGCUGUUCUGAACCAGUGCCUGGGCACGGUAAUGGACUGGAUGAGGGCUAA